CUCGUGAACUCUCCCCCAAGAACCGCCCGUUCUCGGUCCGCGAUUUUGAACCCAGUUUCCGUCUCUGUGCAUCGCCCAGGUGCACAUCUAAAUCCGCCAUGUGCCUACCGCGGCCGUUCCACGCCCCAGCCGUUGCGCUGCUGGCCUGGUCCGCGCUGGUCCGCCAUGCCGCCGCCCAAGUCACCACCGACUGCUUCCCGAUGAACAAGACAUGCCCCCCCGACAUCGCCUUCGGCACCGAUUACAACUUCAACUUCACCUCGCAACCGAAUGUCGACGUCUGGGAAACGACGGUGAACCCCGUUGAGUGGGACCCUGACGCGGGCGCCAUCUUCAGGAUCACGAAGCAGGGCGACUCGCCCACCAUCCGGACCAAGUUCUACUACUUCUGGGGUCGCACCGAGAUCCACAUGAAGGCCGCCAAAGGCACCGGUGUCAUCAGCUCCAUGAUGAUGCUGAGUGAUAACCUGGACGAGAUCGACUGGGAGUUCUUUGGCGGCAACGACACCAUCGCCCAGAGCAACUACUUCGGCAAGGGCGUGCCCGACUUCCACAACGCCGGCCUCCACACCGUCCCCGGCGGUGUCCAUGACGACUACCACAACUACACCACCGUCUGGACCAAAGACUCGCUCUUGUUCUACAUCGACGACCAGCUUGUCCGCACGCUCCUGCCCAAGGACGCCAACAACAGCUACUACUACCCACAAACCCCCAUGCGCCUGUCCAUCGGCAUCUGGGCUGGCGGUGAUCCGAGGCUUCCUAACGGAACGCGGGAGUGGGCCGGCGGUACCACAGACUACAGCCAGGGUCCGUUUGAGAUGUAUGUCAAGAGCGCUCACAUCACCGAUUUCAGCAGCGGCAAGGAGUAUGAGUACACCGACAGGAGCGGCUCAUGGGAGAGCAUCAAGAUCAUCGCGGGCAACUCCACGAUCAAGGACGAGGUCAAUGCGCCGCCCGCGAUGACGCUUUCCCAAAGGUGGAACGCACUGCCCACCGGGGCCAAGAUUGCCAUCUACGCGUGCGCCGGCGGCUUCGGCGGCCUUCUCAUCAUCGCCGCUCUGUACUACUGCAUCCGGCAGCGCCGACGGGGCGCCCGCGAGGCCAAAGCCGCCGAGGCGCGGGCCGAGGCUGAGCGUCUCGAGCUCGAGCGGUUCAAGAAGGCCGGCGUGGACCCCGACAGCUUCGUCUCCUCGGCGUCCGAGUACAACGCGAAGGAGAUGCAGCGCGACCACCUCGCUGGCAAAGACGGCUACAGCGUGCCGCCCUCGCCAACCAUGACCGCUAUCGACCCCGCGUCGCCCCUCGACAACCGGUGGAACCCCCCCGCUGCGAUGUCCCCCCUCGCCAUGGGCGAAGCGGCCGCCGCCAUGCGCAGCCCCGGCCCGCAGUCCCCACACGCCGCGAGCGCAAACAACUACCCCGACCGACCGGGCAGCAGCCACAGCAACAUGAGCAGCAGGCGUUCCCCCGCGCCGCCGGGCGGCGGCUUCAAUCCGCACGAGCGGGGCACUCGCUCGCCGGCGCCGUCGUCCCCGCGGCACGCCCCCUCGCCCGCCCCGAGCAUGCGGCAGCAGCAGCAGUUCGCCCAAUCGCCGCCCAACCGCAGCUACACGGCCCCGAGCGCGCAGAUGCGCCGCGGGACGCCGGCGCCGCCCGCUCAGCCCCAACACGACUUUGACGCCGGCGCCGGCAUCCACAGGUCCGCCAGCCCCGCCCAGCUGGCCCAUCCGCAGCCCCAAAGGAGCUUCACCACCGGCGGGUUCGGUGGUGGGCCGGACAACAACCGGGGCUAUGACGGUGGUGGCGGCGGCGGCGGCGGCGGUGGGAAUCAGGGGUACUGGGGUGAUGGUGCUCGGUACAGGUAGAGACGGAUGCGGUGGGUGGGUGAGCGAGCGUGAUUGCGGUUGGUAACUCGGUAGAUGGAUCUCAUUCUUGGCUUUGAACUUUUUUUAUAUCCUUGCCAUGAAGUAUUGCUGGAUGAUCUCGCGCUUGUUUUUUGAACAAGGGCUGUUUUGUAUAGCUGAGUGUUCU